AAUCUGAGUGUGUCUAUUGUAGAUACCACUGGGAUUGAGUGUUGCUGCUGGGGUUCGUGUUGGAAAUUUCCUUGGUGCUGGCAACCCAAAGGCAGUAAAAAAGACGAUUAAAGUGGCUCUGGGAUUAAUAGGUAAACGCGUUUAAUACAACUGGGUUUAAAAUAUUAGACUACAAGUAGUCCCCUCAUUUACCUUAGAGAUAGUAAAGCGAGCGAAAGACGCGAGUGCGCGUGGAAAUCGCCAUCUGCGAGGAAGGUGCCGCGAUUUUCACUCGCACUCGCGAAUAUUGCUCACUCAUCAUCCCUGGGGUAAACGAGGGACCGAAGCUUACUAUAUAUACGCUUUUCCUGUCCUUUUCUUAUUUCUCUGUUUUCUUUGUUUCCCCGUAUAGUUUAUUAAAGCAAGCUAUUAACGCGUUUUGGUUAGUAAAAGAGGCGACUCGGAAGAAGAAAAUUCAAGUUUACCAAUAGUAGUCGAGCCUAUGACUUUCUUGCCACAGUUGUUCAAUCAAGAUAUAGCGUUAUCCACUGGAUUAGUCACUAUUCAGCGGAUAAGUAUUAGCAAGAAACCAAUUGCGUUAUCCGCCUGAUAGUGACUUAUCUGGGCCGAGUUGUUCAAAGCUGGGUUAAGAUAACCCAGGGUUAGUGCGAGAUUUGAAUUCAGAUUUGAAAGCUUAAAAAGCAUUUCAGCUUUAAUUCUUUUCGUCUACAAGUUGAUGAUUGGAAGCUCUAAAAAUAGCACAGAAAAUUAUCCGAGAAAAUGCUUUUGAACACAAGAAAAAGAAGCCCGGUUUAAAUUUAACCCCUGGUUAAGCGCAAAUCGGCCUUCGAACAACUAGGCCCUGGCGAACAGUGCUAUUCAGCUGUUGAACAACUGGGUUCCGGUUAGUAUAGUCUUGAUGCUCCACACCUGGAACCUGAACUCAGAUACAACCGAUGGUUACAGUGGGCUCAAUCUCCAGCCUUUGGUGUCUCGAUGUGCCCUUGGGGAGUACCGAAUCCGCAUCGAGACACCAAGGCUGAAGACUGUGCCUAUGGUUGUAGGAGCUAUGGCUAUUCGACUAGGUUCAUGUACGUAGGACGUACUCACUACCUUACUGCUUAACAACAAUCCUUUGAAUUUCCAUAUGUAUUCAUUAAUUUUUGCUUUGAUCUGACAGUUUCUGUAGAACUUAUUAUACUUACGGUCUUCCUUGGACUUGGAGAUAUAAGUGGUCGUGUCUUCACCAGCAGCAGGUUUGUAAAUACCAUAUACGCGUUUAUUAUCUAUUUGCAUUUUAGUUAUUAAACAGGAAAUACAGGAAAUUAGUGCAAAUUUCCCACGACAUUUUGUACAGUUGGUUAUUUGUAUACAGUAAGAGCAAACCUGUUUGACAGGUCGCCGAGCUCAUCAGUGUUAAAAUCUCCGGUCACAACAAAAAUCAAAAUUGGUUAUAUUUUUCUAGCAUUUACCUCGAGGAGUUUAUACUACCGGGUAUUUUCCCAACUUUUACCUAGCAUUUGAAAACUGGUUUGCCAGUCCUACACUAAGAAAGUGCUGUACGGUAAGAGAAACGAAAUGGGUUGACUCCUGCUCCAAUUGACGACUUCAUCAAGUAAGAGUAAACCGUAAACAAAAGUGGUUCAGCAAGUAAGAAAAGCGAAAAAAUUUUAUCUGACUUGAAUGCCGUCUGAAGAAGAUGAUGUUCCUUUAUUGGCGAGGCACGUGUACCAUUGAGGUCGUUUUUGUAAGCUUUUUUAUAGGCUUUUUUUUAAAAUAAGCUCAAUGCAAUCAAGACGUCCCCGCGCGAGUUUGACCAAACAGUUGUUAUGCUCGAGUUCUUUAGCGAAGGAUUUGGCCGCCGUUACAAGCUGUGGAGAACUAUCGGAAUUAUUUGGUAGAUGUGUUUGUGUUACUAGGAAAAAAACAGUCAGAUCAGAUGAGAGAGAAAUGCAUAGCAAGUGCCAGUUACAAUAAUUAGUAUGUAUUUUGUUUGUGUGGCUUGAAUCAUCAAUUUCAUUGGUUAUUAAACGCUGAAAAUUCCUGAUAAAAUAGGCGACCAUUCAUUUUGUUUUUUACCUCUGUACGCGUCUUGUGUGUGUUUUUUUUUUAAAUUUUACACGGAGACAUUUUCAUUUCUUUCAGUGAUGUUUUAGUUGUGUACAAGAGGAACAUUCUUAUCGUUUCAGUCAUGUUUUUCUUUGAUGGAAUUCAGGUACAUGUGACUGUCUGCUNGAACAGUGCUAUUCAGCUGUUGAACAACUGGGUUCCGGUUAGUAUAGUCUUGAUGCUCCACACCUGGAACCUGAACUCAGAUACAACCGAUGGUUACAGUGGGCUCAAUCUCCAGCCUUUGGUGUCUCGAUGUGCCCUUGGGGAGUACCGAAUCCGCAUCGAGACACCAAGGCUGAAGACUGUGCCUAUGGUUGUAGGAGCUAUGGCUAUUCGACUAGGUUCAUGUACGUAGGACGUACUCACUACCUUACUGCUUAACAACAAUCCUUUGAAUUUCCAUAUGUAUUCAUUAAUUUUUGCUUUGAUCUGACAGUUUCUGUAGAACUUAUUAUACUUACGGUCUUCCUUGGACUUGGAGAUAUAAGUGGUCGUGUCUUCACCAGCAGCAGGUUUGUAAAUACCAUAUACGCGUUUAUUAUCUAUUUGCAUUUUAGUUAUUAAACAGGAAAUACAGGAAAUUAGUGCAAAUUUCCCACGACAUUUUGUACAGUUGGUUAUUUGUAUACAGUAAGAGCAAACCUGUUUGACAGGUCGCCGAGCUCAUCAGUGUUAAAAUCUCCGGUCACAACAAAAAUCAAAAUUGGUUAUAUUUUUCUAGCAUUUACCUCGAGGAGUUUAUACUACCGGGUAUUUUCCCAACUUUUACCUAGCAUUUGAAAACUGGUUUGCCAGUCCUACACUAAGAAAGUGCUGUACGGUAAGAGAAACGAAAUGGGUUGACUCCUGCUCCAAUUGACGACUUCAUCAAGUAAGAGUAAACCGUAAACAAAAGUGGUUCAGCAAGUAAGAAAAGCGAAAAAAUUUUAUCUGACUUGAAUGCCGUCUGAAGAAGAUGAUGUUCCUUUAUUGGCGAGGCACGUGUACCAUUGAGGUCGUUUUUGUAAGCUUUUUUAUAGGCUUUUUUUUAAAAUAAGCUCAAUGCAAUCAAGACGUCCCCGCGCGAGUUUGACCAAACAGUUGUUAUGCUCGAGUUCUUUAGCGAAGGAUUUGGCCGCCGUUACAAGCUGUGGAGAACUAUCGGAAUUAUUUGGUAGAUGUGUUUGUGUUACUAGGAAAAAAACAGUCAGAUCAGAUGAGAGAGAAAUGCAUAGCAAGUGCCAGUUACAAUAAUUAGUAUGUAUUUUGUUUGUGUGGCUUGAAUCAUCAAUUUCAUUGGUUAUUAAACGCUGAAAAUUCCUGAUAAAAUAGGCGACCAUUCAUUUUGUUUUUUACCUCUGUACGCGUCUUGUGUGUGUUUUUUUUUUAAAUUUUACACGGAGACAUUUUCAUUUCUUUCAGUGAUGUUUUAGUUGUGUACAAGAGGAACAUUCUUAUCGUUUCAGUCAUGUUUUUCUUUGAUGGAAUUCAGGUACAUGUGACUGUCUGCUUACUUUGAACUGACCAAUGUAAGGCUUUGGGUAAUAAGUGUACAGUCGAGUUGAUUAGUAAGUCUGAUUUUUGUUGCCACUGUUAUUAACAGUACAUUGGGCUGAUAUCCAUUUAACCAUUUAAGGGGAGAAUAGUCCAUUUUGCAUAGUUUUCCAGACACUCGCUGUAAAGCUUAAUGCUAGCCUUUUUAAGACGAAAUUUCGAUUCAUUUUAGCUCCCACAGCUUGCUGACAUAAAUUCAUGUUGGAACUUUGGGAGAAAAAUAAAUUUAGGGAAAUUUCACCAGGGGCACUCAACGAGAAUAUAGUUCAAAACCACUUAAACAUAGCAUUGUUGAACGUAUUUUAGUAUUUAAACGGUAGAUAUAGGCAUAUUUUUAUCCCCUAAAAAUUUUUCAUCUGUUCAGAUUUCCUAGCUGAAAGUCUAGUGAUCCGAAAAUUAUAGGGAUCAAAACUUACCUUUUCGAAAAUUUUAGCCAGAAAAAAGGCUCCCGAAAACUCUUGGUUACCUUUUUAGAGUAAAAAUCCGUUAGAAAUGAACAAUUAUACCAUAUAUGUUCGAAAAUCCUAGGAGAGGCAGGCAAGCAAGAAAUUUCACAACAAAUGUUCCGAAAAUUCUAGAUCUCAAAUCGUCUUCCGAACAGAUAUUUUCCAAAAUUGACGUUGGGUGCCCCUGAUAUCACUGUGGUUGCAGAAAAUUUGCAUGCCCACAUUGCCUCAAGAACUUUUCUCCACCAUUGUAACUUAAUGAACUGAUUUUAUAGGAGAAGUUUGAGUAAGAGUUUGUAUUAACGAUAUGCAUUUGCACAUGUUUGCAUUGGUGACCUUUCUUUUCAGGGUGUCUGUAGUGGGAUUGUACGAGGGGCUGGCCGACAGAGGAUAGGAGUGCUGAUCAAUUUUCUAUCAUUUUUCGUGGCUCUUUCCGUUGGGAUCACUUUAAUGUUUUUUGUCUUUCAUGAAAGCGCAGGUAAAAAAGACAUGUUCAUGGAAUAAACUCUUGGAGCACGGAAACAGAAGCUCUUGACUUCUGAUGGGAUUUAUUAUAACUACUGAGGAAUUUUGAUUAAAGCGUAAAUCUAACCAAAACGACAAAGCGAUGAUGCAAAACGGAAAAAAAAAAAUUUUGAUUCUAUGUGAUUGAUGUACGUUAUAGUAAAAUUGUUGUUUUGGACCUCAAAAAGGGCAGUGCUUCCGUAUAAAAUGAACAAAAGUAUUUUUCGCUUCAUGUAAGGGAAUCCAAGGAAGUCUUGGAUUCCAGAAUCCACGCUGUCGAUUCCGGAUUCCAGGAACUGCAUUCCAGUCUUUGUUAGUGGAAUUUGGAUUCCGGAUUCCUUGAGCUUUAUUCUGGAUUCUAAAGCGCAAGAUUCCUGAUUCCACAAGCAAUAAUUUUCCAGAUUCCGGAAUCCAUAUUCCCUUACUUGGGGUGAGUAUUUUAGUCAAAUUCCUGUCCUUGUUGUUGGGGGCCCGGUCGCCGUUCAUAUUAACGGAAUGUCCGCAAUAGCGAGCUGUCUGUAGGGUGGGAGUUGACUAUUACUUAUUUAUUAUUAUUAUUAUUAUUAUUAUCAUUAUUAUUAUUACUUUUUUUAUUUAUUUAUUAACUUUUUGAUGCUUUUUAUUUAAAAAAAUAUUAUUAUUAUUAUUAUUAUUAUUAUUAUUAUUAAAGAAUUAGGAAUUUAGGAAUACGAGAUUUUUAAUUCUUUUUAACUUGUUUUCUUUUUUAAUAUCAGAGACGGAUUGGUAAUGACUUACUUUAAAACUCAGGACUGCCUGCAAGAUUUAGUGACCGCAUCUGAGCCCCAAGAAAAUCGUUAUUGACACAGUGAUUCCUAUUUUUAUUAUUUAUACUAUUCUUAAUGUUAUAUAGUGCUUAAUUCUUACUCCAAAUAUUUCUGUAAAUUAUGUACUUAUUUUUUAAAGUUGAAUAAAAUUAUUACUUAUCCUUAAAAAAAAUCAUUAUUAGUAUUAUUAUUAUCAUUAUCAUUAUAAUUAUAUUUUGCAUUUUUUCUUGUUGUCUUAAAGGUCUGUAGAUUGGUAUUUCAACUGGAGUAUUUCUUCAGGUAGGCAUGCCUCAUGACGACUCCCAUUUCACUUCCGUAAAGUUUAGUAAGUAUAAGCAGCUUUUCCCGGCCUAUUGCUGCUUUCGUGGUAGACUUGCUACAAGUCGACCUACGAGUUUCUUAAAGGUGAUAUAACACGAGACGAUUCGCAACAUUGUUGCGACAUUGCUUCGAAUGGCCACAACAUUGUUCCAGCAUUGCAACGCUAUGUUGCACUAAAAAUCGUCAUGGGAAUCGUCCCGUGUAACAUCACCUUAACGAGCGGAGCGAGCUAUAGGCCGCGAAACGGCCAAGCGAGGGACGAAGUCGCUAGAGGUCGACCUUCGUCCGGAGCCAUAUUAAUUCGGACGAAGGACUUUGUGAAAGUCCACUUUCAAGUGAUCGUUCCUUUUUGGGUGUCCAGCUGAAAUGUGUAACGUAUUGUGUGUAAAGGCGUGAAAACACACUCAGUAAGCGAUGUCUCGAGGACAGACGUCCAGUUGACAAAACUAAGAUUAAUUCUAAACCUACGACUGUUUCCAUGCAGUUUAUUUCAUUACAGAAAAUUCAUUCCUCACAUGAUUUAGUCCGUAAGGCGAGGGAGUCACAUUUGAUAGAUAAGGCCAUGACUCUUGAACCUAAUGGCCUAAACCCCCGUGACGAAUUGUAAUCUUUAUCCUUAUUAAUUUUCUCUCCCUUUUAAACAAUUUCUGUUGCGACGCUCUCCAUCUAAAAAAUAUACUGAGUAAUAGUUCUAUCAUAGCUUCGCUAACAUCUGUAAACCUGCACAGCCUGAAGAAGGCUGGUGUAACAAGCCGAAAUAUUGUUGUCAAAAAAAGCAAUACACGUUGCUAUGUCAGCUUUGCAGUAGGCUUUAGACUUCUCGUUUUUUUUUGUUUUUCAUAUUUUCCGAUUAGAUCUCUUUUCUAGAGAUCCAACGUUGACAACCAGCAGGAUCGUCGUCCACGGUUUUUGCUAGUAAUUACUUUAAUGUUGUCGGAAGGAUUGUUAGCAGUAUGAUAAAAAAUAGAAGUUUGGAAUGCAUGGCAUAGCUCUUUUACUUGUUUACUUGUGCUUACACUACUGACAAUAUUUUAUCUCAUCUUUCCCUGUUUCAUUUCAGGCUUGUUUAUAUUUAUUUCUUCUGUGGAGAACAGAUUGGGACAAACAAGCUGAAUUAGUAAGUGAUGCCUUUUUGCAGGAUAUUGAGAAGUCUUAAGCCCAACAUCCGUCCUCUAAUAUUUAACAGUUUUGUAACUUCUUCUUGAGUCUUAACUCAGAAGAAUCUGGAGAUAGAGAACCAAACUAUAAUUUGUAGCUGUGGCGUAAAAGGAAAUUACAUUUAGGGCCUGAUGUGUACAUGGAGGUGGCUGACCCCAGGUUCGUGAGGAAACCUUCGCAGACGGGAUAAAAGAUAUCACCCGGGUUUACAUUCAAUCUUACAACCCCGCCAUCUGAGGUGCACUUUCUCAAGAUUGUUGAAUGGUCGCUAAGCUCGUAAAAAAUGGUAGCGGGCAAACCACGUGUUUUGGCGGUUAAUGCUCUUCUACUCUCAGCUGUUGCUCUUGCUGCAAUCUCUCAGUGCUGUCGCUUUCUAUUGUCACUUUUAAUGAGAUGGAAAACCUCCGCAAAAGGCAGUUAACAAAACAUGUUAACUCGUAUCCGUCCUCGGUUACCCCACUGGAAACGUUUACCUGGCAAAAUUUGGCCUGGCUGAGGGCGUUACCUGGUCGGACAGACCGGGCACCUCAUCUUGGCCGGUCACCCAGCUAUCAUGUAGACGUGAUUAUUAAAAUAAUACGGACAGGUGGGUUACUCCAUCCAAGCGGGUUAUCUCACAUACCUGGGGUCCCCCACAUAUACCUCCAAUAUCACUUGGGUCUAAACGUUUAGACCCAAGUCAAAUUUAGCGGGAUUUGUAUGGAGUCAUCAGAGCAUAACUGGGCUAAUAUCUCACACAAAACUUGCCCCACAAUGCUAGUUUUUGGCAAGUAGGCGUUUGGGAUGUUGUUUUAGAACAUCCUGGCAAAUCCCGUAAUUUCACAAAUUUAAUUUUUUAUGACGUCACACUUUAGUACUCUAUAGGUUGAAAAUUUUAUUGUAGACUAGGGAAACCGGGAAUUGUCAUCAAAACUAUAAAAAAAUUAAAUCGGCAAGUUUAAAUUUACGCAACUCAGCCUAAAAGCUGCUCUAAGAUAGGGGGAUCAGGGGAGUUUAGUCUAGUGUAGGGUAGCAAAAUUUAGCUGAACUAGCUCUGGUAUCCGGGUCGAGAUGGUUGUGAAGGUGCAUUGUGGGACUGUUAUGGGGGACGCAUUUCAACAUGGCGGCAAAUUUGUCUCAUGGAGAAUAAGUUGAGAGAAUUUGGUAGAAGAUCAAAGCAUUUUCUCUUAGGUGAUAAUUUUAUUAUUUCUCACAACCCUUUCUCAUGAUUAUGUAUUGAUUUUGUUCGGAGAAAAUUGUUGUUUGUCACUUUUGGGAGUUGAAGAGUUAUUUAAACUGAACUAUCAGUUGUGGGUUUUGUUUGAAAUUCCUUAUUCAGACGAUGGUCCUUCUUUUGCAGGCACAGCGAAGAACGGCUGCCAAGACUGUGAGAGCUUCAACCUCUGAGGACUUGUUAAAUGGAGAUCCAGCUGGACACUCCGCCAAAAAACACAAAGGUGCGAUGAUUAUUUUUAGUCAUACUCAAGACACCAUCACAUGUAAGAAGAAGCGGAUAAAACUCAUGAGAAAUUUCCUCUUAGGCCUCUGAUAACAAUCUCAUGAUUGAAAAUGUUGAGGUUAUGGGACCUUUGUAAGAUAGUCUCGUAAAAAGUAUGUGAUGAGGCGUGGUUUCCGAACCUUCGAUCUUCUCCGUCCUCCGGAGUCACCCCCCGCCCCCACCAAUGAGGCAUCCCCAUAGCUUUCAGCGGAUACAAUAUGUGGAUUGUGUACCACUUCGUUUACUUAAAGGUCGUCCAUCGUUUUGGUGGGGUGUCUUCCGCUUUUAAUGAAACACGAACUUCGCACAAAAAGAGCAGAGACAGUUUAUAUGUUUUUUUUUUUUCAGACUUGAUUCUUGCAAACUGGAUCAGCAAAACCUCGUCACUUCCAUUUCUGAAUCACAUGGAUGCCAAUAACUCUCAGUUUCGACUUGCUUUACUGUCAAAUGAUGGGAGCACUUCAGAGAGAGAUAGUCGUCAAGAAGAGAUUGAAUCAGAAGCAACAGCUAAUAUAGAAAGAAGUGGCAGUCUUACCUCAGCACAAAAGAGAGCUCUUAUUGUAAAGCGACUUAUCCCUCUCGUAAUAUCUCUGCUUAUUUUAGGCGGCGCUGUAGCCGUUCGGUUUCUAAUUCCGUUGCCUUAAUAGCUCGAGACGUCUUCAUUUGGAAAUGAUACACUUAGUUCAAAUACUACUUGUAGCAAUUUAACCACUGUUAUUAGUUAACAUCCCCAUAUAAUAACCUAUGAUUGCGGGAUUCAGGCUGAUCAAUUUGUCAUUUACCGGGUGCGUAGUGAGAAAUCAGCCUGAAAUUUUCUUGAANCGUUUACUUAAAGGUCGUCCAUCGUUUUGGUGGGGUGUCUUCCGCUUUUAAUGAAACACGAACUUCGCACAAAAAGAGCAGAGACAGUUUAUAUGUUUUUUUUUUUUCAGACUUGAUUCUUGCAAACUGGAUCAGCAAAACCUCGUCACUUCCAUUUCUGAAUCACAUGGAUGCCAAUAACUCUCAGUUUCGACUUGCUUUACUGUCAAAUGAUGGGAGCACUUCAGAGAGAGAUAGUCGUCAAGAAGAGAUUGAAUCAGAAGCAACAGCUAAUAUAGAAAGAAGUGGCAGUCUUACCUCAGCACAAAAGAGAGCUCUUAUUGUAAAGCGACUUAUCCCUCUCGUAAUAUCUCUGCUUAUUUUAGGCGGCGCUGUAGCCGUUCGGUUUCUAAUUCCGUUGCCUUAAUAGCUCGAGACGUCUUCAUUUGGAAAUGAUACACUUAGUUCAAAUACUACUUGUAGCAAUUUAACCACUGUUAUUAGUUAACAUCCCCAUAUAAUAACCUAUGAUUGCGGGAUUCAGGCUGAUCAAUUUGUCAUUUACCGGGUGCGUAGUGAGAAAUCAGCCUGAAAUUUUCUUGAAAUGUUAUUAAAAUUUAUUUGAGAAAUACCAUACAUUAUAAAUUACGAGAAG